AUGAAGAGGUUGUGGGUUAAGAUUCGACAAUCUCCAGAUGAAGAAUAUCAAGAGAUGUGUACGACUAAUGCUAUUGUGAUCGCAACAGUCACUGAAGCUGAAUUUGCUAAUCAACCUCGACGACGGGGUUCCCUACCGGGUCGUGCACUGAACGAGAAGCGAUUUAGGGAAGAAAGAGACAAAAACAUGAUGGAAGAUUACUUUGUUCAACGUCCAGUUUUCAAUGAUGAGGAAUUUCGAACAAGUUACAGGAUGAGUCACAAUGUUUUCAACCGCAACUCUGGUGACCUUUGCCGCUAUGACCGGUACUUUGUUCAAAAAUCAGAUGUUGCUAAGAAAGUCGGACUAUUUCCAGAGCAAAAGCUGACAUGUUCCUUACGAAUGCUUGCUUACGGUGCUGGGGCAGAUCAAUCCGCUGAAUAUUGUCAAAUGGCAAAAUCUACCUCCAUCAAGGCUCUUCAACGAUUUACAAGAGGAAUCGUUAAUCUGUACUCAGCAGAAUACGUCUGGGCUCCUACUCCGGCCGACCUCAGAAGACUACUCACCAAAGCUGAGAGAAGAGGUUUUUCUGGGAUGAUUGAAAGAAUCGACUGCAUGCACUGGCAAUAG